GCCCGCCUGAGCCCCUCCUCCGGCUGUUCGAUUGGCCGAGGGCUGCAGCCGCAGCAAAUAAAGCGGCCGCCCCGUCCUAGCGGACCGACCAGAGAUAAACAGCUCCACGAUGUCGCUGAAGCCAGAGGCCCGGGUGCGCUUGGUGUUCUUGGGCGCGGCGGGCGUGGGUAAGACGGCGCUGAUCCGCCGCUUCCUGCACGACGCCUUCGAGGCCCGCCACCGUCGCACCGUGGAGGAACUGCACGUGCUGGAGUUGGACCUGGAGCCGCCGGGCCCGGCGCUGCGCCUUCGCCUGGAGCUGCUGGACACGAGCGGCAGCUACAGCUUCCCGGCCAUGCGCCGCCUCUGCAUCCAACACGGCGACGUCUUCGCCCUCGUCUACUCGCCCCACGAGCCGGGCUCCUUCGAGGAGCUGCAGCGGCUGCGCGAUGAGAUCCUGGAAGCCAAGCCCGGCGCCCCGGUCCGUCUCGUGGUGGUCGCCAACAAGGCUGACUUAGGCCCGGUUGCCGGCAACAGCGACCGCCUGGCCGCCGCCACAGUGCAGCGCGAGUGGGGCGCUCGCCACGUCGAGGCGUCGGCCAAGCAGGGCUGCAACGUGAUCGGGCUCUUCCAGGAGCUGCUGGGCCAAGUCGACGUGCUUAGCGGGCGCCUCAGUCCAGCCCUCCGGCGCCGCUCCAUCCCCGACCCGCUGGCCAAGGAGCCAACGGCGUCCACUCGGCGACGCCCGAGCAAGAGCCCCAACUGCGCCAUCUGCUAGCCAGAGCGUCGGUGGAAGCCCAGCGGCCGCUGCGGCGCCCCUUUCCUCGUAGGCAGCCGACGGGGCGGCAGAGGAAGCGAGUGCGGUCGAGCACGAGUGAAGCAGGAGGAAGAAACGGAGUGCGUUUGCCUCUCCGGAGUAGCGAGCCACGCGGAGACUCCUCUCCCCGGUGGGUUGAGGAUAGGGGAUCGAGUCUCCAACUUGGCGGGAAGACAGAAGCAAGUGUCCUUGUUUUGCAUCUGGGGCCCCCACGGCGGACUGCACACUUUCCCCCACUUGCCACUUGGGUCUCGGAGCGCAAGAGUUUCGGCUCAAGGGAAGGACACACCCCUUUGUGCCCAGCUUCCUGGCCCUCGAGGUGGCCCGUUCCAGGACACGGACUCUGCCGAGCCUGCUCUUGGCAACCGGGUGGGGGCGCUCUCUUCCAGAAGCCUGGCCUCGGAUAGAGCCCAACAGGGGACUCCGGAGGCUAGACUUCUGCAGGAAACCUGGGUGCCUGACAUUCCGUUCCAGCUGGCUGUUUCCAAUGUUGCCUGUUCCAGCGAGCCUUGUCUUGUCGUGUAGGGUGGAAACGGUACUUACUGCUGUACCUUAACAGCAUUGCUGGCUGGGGGACUGAUCCAUUAAGAUGGAGUGUGGGGUCUGGGCUGGCUGGACAGAGUGCUUGCACCCGUGCUUGUUUCUUUAAAGACCAUUCUGAACUUGAAGGAAUGGGACUUGUUUCUUUUAAUACAGUAUGUAAUCCUGUUUUGGAGAAUAAACUUACUCUGUUGUUUCAUAGUGCUGUAGUGAACCAACUGGGUGAGCCACCUGUGUUGGGUCCUGGGGGGGGGGCAUUCAGAGGCCAGCUCAGGAACAGAUCAGAAGGUCCUAGCUUCAAUCCUCAGUGCGAUAUGUGAAACCCCAGAGAGCCGUUGCUGCCAGUCAGUGCAGACCACGGGUUGCCAACCUGGUCCCUACCGUCUACUAGUGGGUGCUUCAGGAUUCUAGGUGGGCGGUAGGGGGUUCUAUGGCACAAGCUGAAUUGUCCUUCCAUCGAGCACUGGUGGGCAGUACGGAAGUUUUACCACCAAGAAAGAUGCAUUAGUGGGCGGUAGCUAUAAAAAGGUUGACUAUCCCUGGUGUCCUGCCCACCUAGCAGUUCGAAAGCACAUCAAAGUGCAAGUAGAUAAAUAGGGACCGCUCUGGCGGGAAGGUAAAUGGUGUUUCCAUGCGCUGCUCUGGUUCGCCAGAAGCAGCUUUGUCAUGCUGGCCACAUGACCUGGAAGCUGUCUGCGGACAAACGCCGGCUCCCUCGGCCUAUAGAGCGAGAUGAGCGCCGCAACCCCAGAGUCGGACACGACUGGACCCGAUGGUCAGGGCCCUUUACCUUCACCCCUGGUGUAGACAAUACUGAGCUGAAAGGACCUUGGGAGGGCAGAUUUGUGAAAAUUGCUGUUAAGAGGUGUGGCAUGAGACUGAUCUUUAUUCUAGAACAUUCAGCCCGAACAGCAUAUUAAAUUUGAAACAUUAGUAGACACCCCCCCCCAAUAGACCCACAAUUUCCAGUUUGCAAAGAGGUAUUGUCAAUUGUAGCUCAAGGAGUAGUCUCCUAACAACCCCCAGUACCCAUGACAAAUUACAGCUCCCAAGAUUCUUUGCUUUCUGCAAUAUCAUCACUUUAAAUGUAUGCUGUGGAUGAGGUUCAGUUGCCAGCCCAGUCACCUUCAAGGCAGGGUGUGUGUCCUCAGGCAGCAACAUGAGUUGCCAAUACUGGGUGGCUGCAUCCAGUAGGAGGCUAACUGCAUCACAGCUGUUUGAAGCCCCUUUGCUCAUGAUACCCUGGCCUCCUCACUAGGCAGGUCCCCCCCCCCACCUUUGGCCCUGCAGGUGAUGUUGAAUCUCAACUCCCAUGAUCCUUGGGGGCAUGUUUUCCAAGGCUGCUGGGAGCUGUAGUUCAACAUCUGGAAGGCCACGGUUUCCCCAUACCCAGCUGCUCCAGGAUAAAGAUGUGCAUCUUUAGUGCCAACAUCUUACAGCUUUGCUGCCUGCAGCGGAUAAGAGUAUCACUUCAGAUAAACUGGAGGGCAGCAGGAAAGCAAAGACUCCCAUCUGCUUUUCCUCUCCUACAAUUAAUAUUAAAGGUCAUCUUCCUCAUGUUUGCAUCCAACACUUGCUCUGUGAAACAUCCUGAGGCAUGGAAUCAGAAUCCUAUGUUAAAGGUUGCCAAGUUUUAAUUCUUUUUGCUGCUAAAAUUGCUGUGCACACUGCAAGAUGCCCAUUUCACAGAAGAAACACUGAUGAUGCUUUGGCACAAUCAUUACCCUCCCCCUGGUAAAUCCCUCCAAAACUAAGAAGUUUUUGGAGACCAGAGGUCUAGCGUCACAGCUGUGAAGAGCUGGUGGGUGUUUUACACCUGAAAGGGAGAGCUCAGCCGUGGGGCAGUCCUAGCUAGGUCAAAAGCGAAGAGGCAGCCAAUGAGUCUCUUCUCUAGGAGUUGCAGAAGGGAACUAAUCCUUUGUUGCUCGACAGUGCCCCAAUCCUCUGGGCAUGUCAUUUUGGGACCUGGCCCACUUCUCCCAAUGUGUCCAUGCAGAGAAGGCACGAAGGGGCCAGUUUCUUACAGCAGAGCAGAAGCCAUUUCAAUGUCUCCUAGGAACCUGUUCUCUGUGGGGAAGGAGACUUGCAGUCCCAGGAAAGAAACACCAGGGAGUAAAGGCGGCCAAGGACUUGGGAUCUGCAACUCUAAUAGAGGGUGAUGUGCAAAAGUGGCCAAAGACCCCUUUCAGAGUACAAGGGCAGAGAAGGCAGUGU